AUGCCUCGAGUCCAGCCUCUGAGCCAACGCCAAGGCCAACCACUGGGGUUAUCCGUAAAGCGCCGCCCCGCCCCGCGCUGCACCGCACCCGCUUCAACGUUCGAACGUUCGACUGUUGCCGCUGUAGAGUUGCACUUGUUAGGGACACACUUGAGCACUUGCCUACGGUCGGAACGAAUUUGCAACGGCUGUCAGAGGCCGACACACGCUGUGAAAGGCAUGCCAGGGGCGUCUGGUCCCAAACGGGAUGCAGCGGAUCGCGUGCAAGACGGCGACUUUGUUAUUCUGCAGUACGGAGAAGGUCGCUAUGAGAAACAUCGCAAGAUCCUGCAAGUUCGGAAGACUACAGCGACUUUGCAAGACGUGCAUGACGCUGCAGGCACUGCUGCUGCUGCGGACACACUGAUCAGAGUUGGUACCAGGUACGUGCACCCAAGUGCACUGAUCGGCGUUCCGUGGGGCGUGCGUCUCUCUUACCCGGAUCCAGCUGAACAAGCGGUAUCGCCUGCACCGCAGGCAACAGACAAACAGAUGUUACUCGCUUUGCGAACUGAUGCCGAUGCCGUUGCAACAGAUGGGCAGGACGUGGACGCGGAGGCACCUGAACAACGAAGCAACCCUAGCGCGACAGCGUGCGCUACGACCGAAAAGCCUCCAACGCUUACCCAGGUCGUUCCUGGUACCAGUCAGGAAAGUUUCACGUCCCAGUUUCGUGGCACCAAUCAUCAAACUCGAGCCACAGCGGAAACGGUUUCAGAACGCGUAUCCGCUGCACAGUCCAAACGCUUGGAGCGAAAACAUCAGCGGCACGGAUUCUCCUUGCGCGUCAUCCGUCCUAGUUUAUGCACACUUACAGACACCCUUUACCAGAAAAUGGAAGGCAAAUCAUUGUGGAUGCAUGCCGAAGCGCUUGGGUUUGUUCUUCUGCAGGCCGGCGUCUGGGCGGGUACCAAACGCGUGUUGAUCCUCGAGGAGCUCGCAGAACGAACAGGUCUUGUAACCGCGGCGUGCACCCAACGGAUGCGCUAUCCUGGACGAGUUCCAAAUCCUGCAGAGGGUAUUCUGGUCAUCACAGCUGCAGGAGUUGGCAUGAAGACCAGUCAUGGUGCUGCACUGCGGAUACUUGGCUUACGUCGAUCGAAACGAGCUGAGCACAGCGCAUCCACUGAUCCGUUACGAGGUGAUGCGGAGAACGCAUCGAGACAAUCGUAUUCAAAUUCCACUUCAGAAGAUCGCCUGGAAGCAGCUGGUCUACCGCUGAUUCAGCAUCUGCCCUUGGAAUGGUUACAGAAGACGCCAGGGUCAUUCGGAGGCCGUCCUCGUGGACAUCUCCAUGACGCCCGGGCGCCAACCGGGGGCACGGUACCGCCUAUGGGUACGGACGGUUCGAUCGGGGCGGAAAAUUCUGGCGAUGUGGAUGCCCAGCUCCUCGAAGUGAACGAUCAUCUGCAACAUCAUGCUGUCAAGAGAUCGCCGGAAGGACCAGAGGAACGCGAGGAGCGUCCCGAAUCAUCUAAAACGAUGGAUGUACUGGAAUCCUCUGUGCAGAGGUGGCUCGACAAUGCCGAUCGGGGAAAUGAGGCAAUCAUUAUUGCCUUCAAAGAGCAGGUCCCUGGUGGAGCAGGCGAUCUGGUUCAGCUCAUGGCACUGCUUCUUCCAUUACUAUCGCCUGGUUAUCCCUUUGUCAUCUGGAGUCCAUGGCUACAGCCUCUGGCGGAACUGCAAGCGUUUAUGAGCAUUUCAGAUGAUUCUCGCAGCGAGUCAGCGCCAGUUUCCAUCGAUGCACCUGGGAAUCUAGCCAGUUCAGCUCGAAAACUGGAUACGAGCACGUGGCAAGGGGUCGGUAUCGAAGCGAUCGACGAUGCGAAACUCGAUCAGUGGAAGCGAAGCAGACGGCAGCCGUUUGUAAACCGACCGGAACGCGAGCGCAUGGUGACGACACCGGACAGCAUCGCGGUUGCAGAGAUACCUCGGAAACCUCCAGGGAUUCCAGAGGGAUCCACUCGCCCCGCACACGCUCCAGACGAAUCGUCUGUGAACCGAGCAGUCAUGUCAGCGGCAGAGCAUCCUGCAGAUACGGAGUCGCUUAUUCCGGCGGCAGAGCGAAUAGCGCAGCGUGAAUCCCCUUCAACACAGUCUCUAUCGAUGGACGCUGUGGCAGAUUCGCGUCAGGCUCAUGUCAAGGAUCCAAAUCCGGUGCCUGUGGGUCACGUUGGGCAGGUUUUCCAAGACGAUCACGCGGGUACGACCGAUGACGCAACUGGAGACGUGGACCUGCGUGUGUUACAGCAGGUCGCGCACGUUCGUUUGACGGAAAUCACGACGUUUGGGCACCAGUUUGCAGCCGAAAGAACGCACCCCUGGAUGUCGCAGACACCACCCAGCGGAUUCGUGCUGUCCGGGUUCCGAAUCCAGCCAUGA